GUUGAAACGUCGGCGUUGUCGGCUGUCGGCGCGUUAGUGUUACACAGACAUACAGUUUCGUUUACUUGUUUAUUAUAAUAUAAUGAAAUAUUAUAUUAUAUGGUAUAGAACAACAUAUCUUUAUCAUUUCAUUACUGAUAAAUUUUCCGUGUUUAAUUUAGUUUUAAUCCGGUUAUAAACCUUUGUUUACUUCACUGGGACUAGAGUUGAGCCUGGAACUGAAAUAUCUAAUGAAUUCUAAGUUGUUGUGCCGAGUAAUUUGAGUUAUGAUUCCCUCUGCGGCUCGGUAGAUUGCUGUCAUACAGUUGAUACAAAGUGGCUAUAUACUGUACUAGAGACUAGAGAGUCUCUUACAUUGUAAGCUCUCUACUUCUCUAGUAGUUUAGCGUGUGUUCCCUGUAGCUUGUGUUUUAUGUUGUGUUCUUGUCUGCUGUAUACUACUAUCACUAUACUUCUAAACAGAUAUAUUUUUUUUCAUUGUCAAAAUUCUGGUCAUAAGCUUAUGUGGAGUUGAUCAUUUGUAUUCUUAUUUGAAAAUUCACACGUGUUUGAACUAUGAAUACAUUACCAUCUCACAUGUUUUGUUCAAAACAUUCAGACUGUGAAGCACCAAUAUCUGUUAUUACAGAAAUCUUGUCAGAAAAUGAUCCUAUAAAAUUUGAGAAUAUCUCCAACGAAUUUAAAGCAUUAGGAUUUACAAAAGUAAAAGAUUUGGCACAAACAACCUUUGGAAAAGCUAGCUCAAUAAAAUUGAGUGGUGAUUCUUUAAGACUGCUUUAUAAAGCUUUAGAGAUAUAUGAUGAACACCUUGAUGAUCUUCAAAAAUCUGCAAAAUUAGAAAUGGAAAAUGGAAAUUUUACCAGAACUCAACAAAUAUGUGAAAAAUUAUUGCAGCAAAAACCAAAUGAUUUAAAUGUUAUAAUUCUAAUGGCUGAAUCAUUUUUUAAGUGUGGCAACUAUGAUAAAUCGCUUAGUUUUUUGAAAAUGGCAAACAAUUUGAAUCCAAAUUCUUUCCAAAUGUUGAUUAACAUUGCAUUUAAUUAUUGGAAACUAUCUAAUUAUGAUUUAGCUAGACAUUAUUUCCUAGAAGCUAUUAAGAAGUCACCAUCUUAUAAUGAUUGUUGGAUUUAUUACGCGGAAUCGUUAAUUAAAACAAAUGAUUUAAAAAAUGCUGAAUACAUAUACAUUCAAAUUUUGAAAAUUUAUCCAGAUUCGUAUAUAAUCAGAAAUAAAUAUGCUAAAUUUCUAUUGUCACAAAAUAGAUUUAAAAAAGCUGAAGAACAACUUAAAAUUGCUCUAAAAAGUGCUCCAGAGUGUGAAGUCACUCUGAGUAACCUGGGAAAUCUAUACUAUUCGGCUAAUCAAUAUGACAAAGCAAUACUUAAUUUUCAUAAAGCUUUAAAUAUAAAUCCUAAUCUAAAAAUUACUUUGUUUUAUUUGGGGACAUCAUAUUUAAAAUUAACUGAUUACCCUAAAGCAGUUCAAGCAUUUGAAAAAACCAUUUACUUAGAUCCAGAAAAUGCAUCUGCCCUUCAUUAUUUAGCGGUUGCAUAUUGUUAUCAAAAUAAUAUGGUAAUGUCAGCAGAAACAUAUAAGAAAUGUUUAAAAUUACUGCCUGAUGAUUUAGAAAUUAAUCUGGAAUUGGCGAUGAUUUAUUUCAAUAUCCUGUUAGACUAUCAAGAAGCAGAAAUAUAUUUAAAAAAAUGCAUUGAAUUACAACCUCAACGAGAGGAUAUAUACAAGUAUCUGUAUGCAGUAUAUCAAGAGUUAGACAAAUAUAAAAAUGCAUCAGACGUUUGUAUAGCGUUGGGUAAUUUAUAUUUGGAUAAAUCUGAUCUAGAAAAUGCUCGAAAUGCGUUUACAACUGCCUUAUUUUCAACUCCUGACAAUGCUGAUGGCCAUUGGAAACUUGGACUUACAAUGCACAAACUGGGUCAUUAUGAUAUGGCUUUAGUUAGGUAUAGAAAAGCUAUUGAAUUGAAACCAAACUUUGCCCAUCCUUACUGUGAUUCUGCAGUAAUUUAUGAAAAACAGGAUCUGUAUGAAAAGGCUUUAGAAUAUUAUAAAAUGACCCUUCAGCUACAACCGGACCAUUUAAAUGCUUUGAUUAAUAUGUCACUACUUCAACAAAAAAUAGGUCAAUUUGAUGAUAUUGUUGAUAUCUUUAACAGGAUUCUUCAAAUUGAUGAAUCAGAUGCUUUUGAUGUACAUAUGAAUUUAGCAAAUAUUUUGCACAAAGAAAUUGGAAAUCUAAAUGAUGCUCUUUUUCAUUAUGAAAAAGCCUUGACAUAUGACAAUACAUCGGUUGACAUUUAUGUACGUAUGGGAAAUAUAUGUAUCGAAUUAAACAUGAGUAAAAAAGCAUUAAGUUACUUUCAUAUGGCAAUUCAGCUUGAUUCACAGUGUUUAGAAGCCUUCAUUAAUGUAGGUUCUAUACAAAAAGAUAGUGAUAAUUUCAUUGAUGCUAUUCAUGCUUAUAAAACUAUAUUAAAACUAAAACCAGAUUUUCCAGAAGCAUUUUUUAAUUUAGUAAAAUGUUUACAAAAAGUUUGUGAUUGGUCAGAUUAUGAUUCUCACAUGAUGAAAUUAAAAGAAAUACUUAGUAAACAAUUGGAUGGUGGUCAAGUCUUGUCCUUAUUACCUCAUGAUACAUCAUUGUUACCUUUACCAUUUGAAGUACAAAAAGUAGUUGCUGAGAAGUAUGCACAGCAUUGUAUUGAGAAAUUAAAAAAAUCAAUUGAAGAACCUCAACAGUUUGUUUAUCCUACAUCUUUAGCAUCUUCCAAUGAAAAUCUAAGGAUUGGUUUUGUAUUGACCAACAUUAGCGAACACCCAAAAACAGCGAUUUUGGAAUCCUUAUCCAGUUUAAAAGACUACCAAAUAGAUGUCAUUUGUUAUUCUCUAACCAGGUUGAAUCUCUUCAGUGACUUUAAGCAAUAUAAAGAUUUGUCACACCUUAAAGUAAUUGAUGCUGCUAAACUAAUAAAUAAUGAUGGAAUCCAUAUAUUGGUUGACAUGUGUGGUUAUACAAAAGAUUCUCAAACUGAACUAUUUGCUCUAAGACCGGCUCCAAUUCAAGUUUCAUGGCUUGGUUACCGUAAUACUAGUGGUGCACCAUUUAUGGAUUACUUAAUUACAGAUAAAGUAUGUUCUCCUCCUGAAUUUAAAAAUUUAUAUACUGAAAAAUUGGCUUUUAUGAAUCAAACUGUUUUUGUUGGUGAUCAUAAACAGAAGUUUCCUAAUUUACAUCAACUCAGUGCUGUAGAUAAUACAAAUAAUAUUUCAUAUCAAAGCCUAAAUGGAAAUAAUUCUAAUGAAAUAAAAUCAGCUGAAACUAUUUACAUUGAUGAAGAACCUGUCUUAUCUUACUCUAGAUCACAGUAUAACUUACCAGAAAAUGCUGUUGUAUUUUGUAAUUUCAGUAAGCUGUAUAACAUAGACCGAUUUACUUUCAAUUUAUGGUUAACUAUUUUAAUUAAAGUUCCUAACUCUGUACUAUGGCUUUUACAUUUAAAUGAUGAUGCUGAAAAUAACUUGAAAAAAUAUGCUGAUAAUUUUAAUAAUGGAUGUUUUAAUUCAUCACGUAUCAUUUUUGCUGACUUCAUUCCUAAAUGUGAACAUUUGAAAAGAAUCCAGUUGGCCGAUAUUUAUUUGGAUACAUGUUUAUAUAAUGGACACACGGCUUCCCUGGAUGCAUUAUGGGCAGAAGUUCCAGUAGUAACAUUACCUGGAGAAACAUAUGCAUCUCGUAUAACAGCUUCACAAUUGACUACUUCAGGGGUUACGGAUACUAUUGCAAAAAAUGAUGUACAAUACAUUGAUAUUGCAAUAAAAUUGUAUUCAGACCGAAAAUUCUUGGAACAUGUUAAAAAAUGUAUUUUGAAAUUAAAAACGAAUAGCGAUUUGUUUGAUAUAAAUUCCUAUGCAAUAAAAAUGAUUUCAAUCUUAAAAAGUAUGUGGAAUAGCUAUCCGUCUAUACAUGAACUGGACAUGUAGAAAUGAAUAUUUAUUAAAAAUCUACUAUUUAAAAUGUUUAAAAGUUCAUUUUUUUUUUUUUUUUUGUAAAUAUUAAUGGUUUUAAUUUUAAAACAUAAAUUGUUUUUAUUUAUUUAAUUUAUAAGUUGUACACAUAAUGUGUAGCAUUUUAUUAUUUUCAGACUAUAGUAAAAUUAAAAAUAUACCAAAUGUAAUUUAUUGAUUAAAA